GCCAUAAUGCGGCGACGCAGCUGAGGAGCCCCCGCGGGGAGGGGGAGGCGGAGGAGUCGCUUAUAAAUGGCGCCCAAGCAGGACCCCAAACCCAAAUUCCAAGAGGGUGAACGGGUGCUGUGUUUCCAUGGACCUCUUCUUUACGAAGCAAAGCAUUCUCGCACAGAAGCAAGCCUGUGCAAACACAGCAGCCACAAGCAGCCCGGCUCCCUUUCUCUGGUCCGCUCCAUCCUGCCUUCCUUUUGAAGUCCUUCUGCAGUACUGAUGUGUGUAAAGGUUGCUAUAAAGGACAAACAGGUGAAAUACUUCAUACAUUACAGUGGUUGGAAUAAGAACUGGGAUGAAUGGGUUCCAGAAAGCAGAGUGCUCAAAUACGUGGACACCAAUCUGCAAAAGCAGAAAGAACUUCAAAAGGCCAAUCAGGAACAGUAUGCAGAAGGAAAGAUGAGAGGGGCCGCACCAGGGAAAAAAACGUCCGGACUCCAGCAGAAAAAUGUUGAAGUAUUUUUCAGACGAGAUGGAGCGCAUACAGUUUGCGGUUUGGAGACCCCUGCAAUAUCGACGCGGAAGACCAAAAAGAACAAACAGAAAACUCCUGGAAUCGGUGAAGGCAGCAGCAGUAAUGAAAACCCUCAGCCUCCCAGGAAGAAAAGGGCCCGUGUAGAUCCCACUGUUGAAAGUGAGGAGACAUUUAUGAACAGGGUUGAAGUCAAGGUAAAAAUACCCGAGGAGCUGAAACCGUGGCUUGUGGAUGACUGGGAUUUGAUCACCCGGCAAAAGCAGCUCUUCUACCUUCCUGCCAAGAAGAACGUUGACUCCAUUUUGGAGGACUACGCAAACUACAAGAAGUCACGAGGGAACACUGAUAACAAAGAAUAUGCUGUUAACGAAGUCGUGGCAGGCAUCAAGGAGUACUUCAACGUCAUGCUGGGCACUCAGCUGCUCUAUAAAUUUGAGAGGCCGCAGUACGCAGAAAUCUUAGCGGACCACCCUGAUGCGCCGAUGUCGCAGGUGUACGGAGCUCCCCACCUCCUGCGGCUGUUUGUCCGGAUCGGAGCCAUGCUCGCUUACACGCCUUUGGACGAGAAGAGUCUGGCCUUGCUGUUGAACUACUUGCACGAUUUUCUAAAGUACCUAGCAAAGAACUCUUCCACGCUGUUCAGUGCGAGCGACUAUGAAGUUGCACCUCCGGAGUAUCAUCGGAAAGCUGUGUAAGCUUCUCACACUCGUGGUGUGUGCGCGUGUGUGUAUGAGUGUGUGCAUCACUGGAAAGGAUCCUUGGGUCUCUGCAGCAGACCUGCCCAGUUCCACGUCUGCUCACGGUCUCCUCUUGCACAUGUCUUUCCGCACAGCUGACAACCAUGUCAAGUGAAUAGUGUUUUGUGUCUUCAGAUGGAACUGUUGCUGCCCGUCCCAAGGUCGCUUUUCCUUCAGACGGAUCUCUUUCAAGGGGAGAGCCUCCCGCAGCGUGUCAUUGGAUCGAUUUUGGUGUUGGAAUGUGGUGCUGGAAAUGUGACGAAACUUUUCAUAGUCUUGAGCCUCCUGCAUGCUUUUAGGCCCAUUUUUUCCCCCUUGAAACCAAGCUGAUGAUGGUUUGAUGGUGUGUUGUCAUCCUCUUCCAUCCCCCAACCC